AUCUGAAACCAAGCACUUUUUACAUAUUUAUUCCACAAAACUGCUAUAUACUACGUUGAGUGUUUAAAAUUGCUUAAAUACUAAUGCCAGUUUUUUUAACAAUUCGUGGGAAACGUUUAAAAAUAAUUAUGUAGGCAAGCUUGGUUUCAAAAGAUUUCGAAAAUACGAGGGAAAAGUAUAAACGGCAUCGGUAACAGCGCCAAAUAGUUUUUUUUAUACACAUUUAUAGCUCGUCCUAAAUAAAAAGAUAAAAGUUCGUAAAACAGAAAAUUCAAAUCGGCGUGUGAACAAGAAAUUUUUUCUCACUACGGUAAAUCGAGAAUAACCGGUACAAAAAAAAAAAUCAACGAUUAUUGUUUAAGAUUUUCCUCAUCAACUGUGACAAAAUAUGAUUUAUCUCGAUUACAACUCGACGACUCCAUUAGACGAGCAAGUUGUAAAAGUAAUGUCCAAGGUGAUGGUCAGCAACUGGGCCAACCCAAGCUCAGAUUCUGAAUUGGGACGACAAGCCAGAGCAGUUAUUGACAAAUCGAGACAGCAAGUGGCAAAUAUGCUUGGCGCAGAGGAUGAAGAAAUUAUAUUCACUUCUGGUGGGACUGAAGCAAGCAACAUGAUCAUAAGAAGCACUGUUGAUGAGUUUCACCAGCUAGGAGUAAAACCACAUGUAAUAACAACUACUGUCGAACACGAUGCAACACGUGCACUCCUUCAGCACCUUAAAGAUAAAGGAGAAAUCGAUCUUACGCAUGUAGGGUUGAACAAAAGUGGAACUGUUUCAUCUUGUAAAAUUCUAGAAGCAAUUAUUGAUAGAACCUGCCUAAUUACAAUUAUGUUAGCUAAUAAUGAAACUGGAAUUAUUUUUCCUGUAGCUGAAAUUGGAAGAGAACUGAAAUUUAUAAAUACAAGGCGAAAUACAUUAGGCAAGAUAUUCCUUCAUACUGAUGCAGCACAGGCAAUAGGGAAAAUUCCCGUUAAUGUAAAUACUCUUGGUGUGGAUUAUAUGACAGUGGUUGGGCAUAAGUUUUAUGGUCCAAGAAUCGGAUGUGUAUACCAAAGAACAGGAUGUCCUCUAAAACCCCUGGUGUUUGGUGGUGGACAAGAGAAAGGAUUAAGGUCUGGCACCGAAAACACAAUGUGUAUUGCAGGAUUAGGGGAAGCAGCAAGAAUUGUCUCUGAAAAUAUAUUGUUAUAUGAGACCCAACAAUUAUACAUAAGAAAAUAUUUCGAAAAAAGAAUACAGGAAUCUUUCUUGGAAUGUGAAGCGAAAGUUAAUUUUAUUGACAUAAAAGAGAGACUUCCAAAUACAAUCAGCCUAUGCUUCAUUGGUAGAAGCGGAAGGGAAGUUUUAAAACGAUGUAAACUUGUAAUAGCCAGUACAGGUGCAGCAUGCCAUGCUAACCAGGAAAAACCUUCAGGAAUUCUUUUGCAAGUGUUGACGCACGAAGACGCUCUUGGAACUGUUAGGCUUUCCAUUGGAAGAGAAACUACAAAGGAUGAUAUUGAAUAUUGUGUGUAUGACUUUUUACAAGCUCUCAAAGCUAUUUAAAAAGUCUGAUACUGUGCCUGCUUGUACAGAUUUUACUGUAUGUGUACGUUUUUGAGGUGGGGGGAUGUCAUGCGUUAAUAGAGAAGUCCUGGUAGUUUCUUUCUCAAAAAAUCUAGGCAAUUUAUUAUCGAAUUUAUUAUUUUUUUUAAACAUUCAUAAAAUUAUUUUUAAUUAAUCAAAAAAGAUUUGGUUAAAGCAAAGAUGUAGCAACCAAUUAAUGAAUACCUAAAACAAAUAAAUUAAUGACAUUUCAGUUCUUUUACGACAUUCCGAGUGACCUUUCUUUUUUUGAAUUUAGUAAAAAUUUAGAAAUUAUACUUUUUACAACAUAAGUAGUUUUUUUUAUACAUUUUAUUAAACCUUUUUUCUUAGAAAAAUGUGAAAGCACUAAAGCCAUGAAAAAAUAUACAAUUCUUUAAGUACAUAAUAAUAAAAAUUAAGUAGAAUACACACAGAAUUUUCUUUUUACAGAUCUGUAUAUCCUAUACCAUUAAAAAUUAUUCUAUAAAAAUAACUGAUAAUCAAACAGGAAACAAUCGAGUAAACAAAAAUCAGUACUUGUGCCCGACAAUGUGUUUGGGACAAUGUUUCUUUCAUUUAAUUAAAAUAUAUACAAACGACUAAAAAUUAAUUUUUGGAAACGUAAAAUGAAAUGUUUACAAGUUUAUACAUUAUAUUUUUAAGUAUAAACAGUUUUAUAUUUAUGAGACAUUUAUUAUAUAUUCCAUAUGUAUGAGGAAUGCAUUUUAUGAAAAAACAAAAAUUCCCCCUAGUUAAAAGAUUAAUAUAUACAAAAAACGGUUGUUGUUGUGAUGUCACAACUGUUUGUUUCUGAACAAAAAAACAAAAAAAAA